UCUCAGGAUAUACUCUGUGUCUGCUGAGUUUCACUGUUGUUUAGUCCUGUCAUAUUUCGCUUACUUUGUGUCUCACAUAAUGACUAAAAUGAUUUCCUUAAUAGUAAUUGUCUUACUUAUUUCUGUACCAGAAGGUAGUUUUCAAGAAUCUCCAGAUGCCCCCUCAACUACACUGAGUACCUCCAAACAAACUACAGAGAUACAGAACCCAAGCAGUACAACAGCCCGAUUAACCACUGACCAUACCACACAUCAGUCAACAACUGUUCAGUCGACAGCCCAGUCAACCACUGAACAUCUGACUACUGUCAAUCCAAGCGGUCAGUCAACUACUGAACAUCUGGCAUCCCAGUCAACUGUUAACCGUUUAACAUCACAGUUCGCCACUAACAAUUCAACAGUUUGGUCAACCACUGACCGUUUGACAGAUCAGCCCACAACUGACCCAUCAUCCACAACCGAAAAGACAUCUCAAUCUCAGACAACACUAGAAGAAUUUAAUAGCACUGCUAUCAAUCAAACAACACAAUUGACAGUUACCAAGAGCACACAAACCACCUCACAAUCUACACAGCAGCCAAAAAAUUCUACUGUUCAAGAAACAUAUGAAUCUACGACGGGAACAACACAACCUACAGGACAAAACAAUGCAACCUCCAUCAUAGCUCUGGAAGGUAAAGGGGAGUCAUAUGUGGCUGGAAAUCCUGGGCUCAUUGCAGUGCUGUGUAUUUUCUUCAGUACGUUGGCCAUGGUUAUUGUAAUUGUGAUAGUGAAGGUGGUUCAAGCCAGGAGACCACAGUUUGAAAGGCUUGAUGAUUUACCGAUGGGUGGAAUAACUGAGGAUGCGCCCUUUGCCCGCUACCGUUCAAAAUAAAGAAGACACAUCUAUUUUCUUAAAGCUCCUGGGACCUCAUGUGAUAGAAAAGUGUCUGUAAGAACACAAAGAAAUCUAAGUGGAGGCCAUCAGGGAUUUUUUCACCGUCAUGCAUACAGAGAUUUCAGACCUACUAGUCAUUUAGCGUACUAAUUUUUGCAUACUAUAUAUUAUUGAAUUAGGUGAUUCCAGUUGCAGGGAAUGUGUAAUAAUACAAAACAGAUUUAGCUGAGAUUUUGACCAAAUAAAAAUUUAGAUCAGCGUUUACAACAAUUAUUAUUUAUUAGUAGGAAUACAUUUUUUGGACAAAGUUUGCUGUCCUUUAUGCUGGGUACACACCAAAAGAUAAUCGGGCUGAUUUUGGGCCAAUUUCCUUCCUUCUGACAAUCCUAGCUAUGUCCUGAUUAUCUUGAUCGUUCUACAGAUUAUCUUAUCAGAUUUUCCCUUGGUGUGAGGUGUGUUAAGACUGUCCGAACAUGAUUGUCAGAACAUCAGAGUCUCGCGAAUCAGAAAUCCUGAUGUGUGAGGGAACCCCGAGGACAAACACACGCACCUCUUGAGAUUAUCACGUGAAACGAAACCAUAUCCAAUCAGAAAACGAGAUGAUGGAAGACGGAAGCAGUCAUGGUGCAGCACAAAGUGAAGUUGAUGCAAAGUGAACUUGUACAGACUAUGUUCCCCCUAUCUACAUGACUUCACCCAAACCCUUUUCUUUCCCUUGAAUUUUCGGUGAAAAUCAUUCCAAACACUAUCAUUGAAAUUUUGUAAAAAAAGAUGUAAAAUAUCUUUUGGUGUGUACCCAGCAUUAUACUACUGCUAUACUGUAGGUUAAAACAAAGAGGCUGCAGUUCCAUUUGGUGCCACUAGAGGAGCAGUCAUUACAUACACAUCAUCUGUUUAACGGUACUUAAUCAUUCUGUCUUAAUUACAUUUUUAUUAAGUUUGUAUAUAGUUAAAAAUUGUGCAAAAAUGUUUAAAGCACAAAUUUAAAGCACUUUUAUAGAGUUAGGACAUGAUGUGCAAUGCCCAAUGUAUUUAGGACCUAUGGUCACUUUAUUUUUGUCCCAAAAUGUCACAGCUAUGAUUUAAAUUUGAAAGUGGUUUAGUAUUGAAUGAU